CUUUGUGUUCCCCCACCUGGGAAACACAUAUCCCUACUGAUAUGUGUUCCUCCACCUGGAAAACACAUAUCCCUAGUGAUAUGUGUUCCCCCACCUGGGAAACACAUAUCCCUAGUGAUAUGUGUUCCCCCACCUGGGAAACACAUAUCCCUAGUGAUAUGUGUUCCCCCACCUGGAAAACACAUAUCCCUAGUGAUAUGUGUUCCCGCCCCUGGGAAACACAUAUCCGUAGUGAUAUGUGUUCCCCCACCUGGGAAACACAUAUCCCUAGCGAUAUGUGUUCCCCCACCUGGAAAACACAUAUCCCUAGCGAUAUGUGUUCCCCCACCUGAAAAACACAUAUCCCUAGUGAUAUGUGUUCCCCUACCUGGGAAACACAUAUCCCUAGUGAUAUGUGAUCCCCCACCUGAGGAAACACAUAUCCCUACUGAUUUGUGUUCCCCCACCUGGGAAACACAUAUCCCUAGUGAUAUGUGUUCCCUGACCUGGUAAACACAUAACCCUAGUGAUAUGUGUUCCCCACCUGGGAAACACAUAUCCCUAGUGAUAUGUGUUCCCCCACCAAGAAAACACGUAUCCCUAGUAAUAUGUGUUCCCCCACCUGGGAAACACAUAUUCCUAGUGAUAUGUGUUCCCCUACUUGGGAAACACAUAUCCCUUGUGAUAUCUGUUCCCCCACCUGGGAAACACAUAUCCCUAGUGAUAUGUGUUCCCCCACCUGGGAAACACGUAUCCCUAGUGAUAUGUGUUCCCCACCUGGGAAACACAUAUCCCUAGUGAUAUGUGUUCCCCCACCUGGGAAACACAUAUCCCUAGUGAUAUGUGUUCCCCCACCUGGUAAACACAUAUUCCUAGUGAUAUGUGUUCCCCCAUCUAAGAAACACAUAUCCCUAGUGAUAUUUGUUCCCCCACCUGGGAAACACGUAUCCCUAGUGAUAUGUGUUUCCCUACCUGGAAAACACAUAUCCCUAGCGAUAUGUGUUCCCCCACCUGAAAAACAUGUAUCCCUAGUUAUAUGUGUUCCCUUACCUGGGAAACACGUAUCCCUAGUGAUAUGUGUUCCCCUACCUGGGAAACACAUAUCCCUAGUGAUAUGUGUUCCGCCACCUGGCAAACACAUAUCUCUAGUGAUAUGUGUUCCCCCACCUGGGAAACACAUAUCCCUAGUGAUAUGUGUUCCCCCACCUAGGAAACGCAUAUCCCUAGUGAUAUGUGUUCCCCCACCUGGGAAACAUAUCCCUAGUGAUAUGUGUUCCCCUACCUGGGAAACGCAUAUGCCUAGUGAUAUGUGUUCCCCCACCUGGGAAACACAUAUCCCUAGUGAUAUGUGUUCCCCCACCUAGAAAACACAUAUCCCUAGUGAUAUGUGUUCCCCUACCUCGGAAACACAUAUCCCUAGUGAUAUGUGUUCCCCCACCUGGGAAACACAUAUCCCUAGUGAUAUGUGAUCCCCCACCUGGAAAACACGUAUCCGUAGUGAUAUGUGUUUCCCCACCUGGGAAACACAUAUCCCUAGUGAUAUGUGUUCCCCUACCUGGGAAACACAUAUCCCUAGUGAUAUGUGUUCCCCUACCUCGGAAACACAUAUCCCUAGUGAUAUGUGUUCCCCCACCUAGGAAACACAUAUCCCUAGUGAUAUGUGAUCCCCCACCUGGAAAACACGUAUCCGUAGUGAUAUGUGUUUCCCCACCUGGGAAACACAUAUCCCUAGUGAUAUGUGUUCCCCCACCUGGGAAACACAUAUCCCUAGUGAUAUGUGUUCCCCCACCUGGGAAACACAUAUCCCUAGUGAUAUGUGUUCCCCCACCUGGGAAACACAUAUCCCUAGUGAUAUGUGUUCCCCCACCUGGGAAACACAUAUCCCUAGUGAUAUGUGUUCCCCCACCUGGGAAACACAUAUCCCUAGUGAUAUGUGUUCCCCCACCUGGGAAACACAUACCCCUAGUGAUAUGUGUUCCCCCACCUGGGAAACACAUAUCCCUAGUGAUAUGUGUUCCCCCACCUGGGAAACACGUAUCCCUAGUAAUAUGUGUUCCCCCACCUGGGAAACACGUAUCCUUAGUGAUAUGUGUUCCCCCACCUGGGAAACACAUAUCCCUA